AAAACUAGAGAGAGAAUGUAGAGAGAGAGAGAGAGAGAGAGGGGGGGGCAUGAAAUAUAUGUCUCCGAAGCUACUCUUCUUAUCUGGCGUCCAUUUUCAAUUCUCUCUCCACUCUCCAGCUACUAUAGCUUUAGAGUGAGAAACCUAUAGAUAUUGAUCAUAUCUAUAUAUAUAUAUAGAGAGAGAGAGAGAGUAGCAGAGGACGACGAGAAUGGAUCCGUGCCCGUUUGUUCGGCUGAUAAUCGAGUCGCUGGCUCUGAAACUACCUUUACGAACUAAACCGGCCGUUCAAAAGGUUUCCCCUACAACCACGCCGUGUUAUUGUACGGUCCGACUCAAGAAUUUUCCCUCCCAGACCGCUCUCCUCGCACUCUCCUCCGCCACCGUCACCAACACUUCUCCGCCUUCCUCCACCACCUCCGCCGCCGGCUUCCACCUCGACGCCGCCGCCAUCCGCCGCCUCUCCGGCAAGCCUUUCACCCUCCGCCUGUCGGUCUACGCUGGCCGCAUGGGUCGCACGUGCGGAGUCUCGUGCGGGAAGCUACUGGGGCACGUCCACGUCAGCGUUAACCUCGACGGCGCGGAGUCGAGAGCCGCCGUGUUUCAGAAUGGGUGGAUGAAGCUCGGGAGUGAACAGGAGAAGCCGACGGCUCGGCUGCAUUUGACGGUUCGGUCUGAACCGGACCCGAGGUUUGUGUUCCAGUUCGGUGGCGAACCGGAGUGUAGUCCGGUGGUUUUCCAGAUUCAGAGGAACAUCCGGCAGCCGGUUUUCAGCUGCAAGUUUAGCGCCGACCGGAACGCUAGAUCACAAUACCUCCCAUCGGAUUUCACUGUCAACAAUAAUAGAGGAUGGAUGAGAACAUUUUCUGGUGAAAGAGAGAAACCGGGAAAGGAGCGAAAGGGAUGGAUGAUAAUAAUCCAUGACCUCUCUGGCUCUCCGGUUGCAUCUGCCUCUAUGAUCACUCCCUUUGUGCCUUCCCCAGGGUCUGAUCGAGUCUCUCGAUCAAACCCUGGUGCAUGGCUCAUUCUUCGUCCCCAUGGAUUCUCUUUUAGUAGCUGGAAGCCUUGGGGCCGCUUGGAGGCUUGGCGAGAGAGAGGACCUAUUGAUGGCCUUGGUUACAAAUUUGAACUUGUUACAGACACCGGUUUGGCUAGUGGGAUUCCUAUUGCUCAAGGCACAAUGAGUGUGAAAAAGGGAGGACAAUUUUGCAUCGAUAGUAGAUUGAAAGAUUCUGCGCUGAGUUCAUUGUCGCCAGUUCGAGGAUUUGUGAUGGGUUCAAGUGUGGAAGGCGAAGGAAAGGCAAGCAAACCUAUGGUCCAAGUAGGGUUGCAACAUGUAACUUGCAUGGCAGAUGCCGCCCUAUUCAUGGCACUUUCAGCCGCCAUUGAUCUUAGUAUGGAUGCUUGUCAACUUUUCUCUCAAAAGCUUAAGAAGGAGUUUUGCCAUGAUGAACAAUUCUGCUUCUCUUAAACCCUUGUUGCAAACUCUCCCUUCCAAAGAGCGGUUUAGCCCAACAGUAGGAUUUGUCAUCAGCAUCCCUGGUGGCAUGAGCUCAAGUCAUGAAAACAGUCUCUCCAGAAUUAAAAGUAAUGCUAUGUAGAUCCUGCCCUCUCAAACUCCACCUUAACGGUAGUCUCAUUUAUGGGGGUUGCCCUCUCAAUCUCUUCCAAAUUUUCUCUUCAUAUGCAGUGAUAACCAAUGAGUUUUUGGUUCGAGCAUUGAAGAUAUUUCCAUCUUUUUCCCAAACUAUUUCAUCCAAUUUUUUCCCACCACACAAAAAUAUAUAAUUUUUUCCCCAAAUGAGAGCUUGCCCUAUGAUUUGGUGUGUGAAUUUAAUCUUGUUAAUUAGGUGCCUUUUUUUUUUUUUUUUUUUUUUUGGGGGG